GGUCACUCCGUGCUUACAAUCAGCCGGCUCUGAGUCCCCAAUCAGUUGUCCGCAAUGAAAGGCUCAACGGCGUCGGUAUCGCCAAUGGUUGGCCCUGGCCGCUCCCCUUCCCUGGAAGCGUGCCUGUGCUACUUACUGCACGCCAUCAGCAUACUCACCGCCCUGCUCAUCAUCGGCAACGGCCUCCUCGUCAUUGUCUGGUACGUGUGGGGCCCCGUGCUCUUCUUCGUCAACUGGGUGGUGGCCGUGGCCCUCCUCUUCUUCGGCGGCCUCCUACUUGCGGCGGACCUCAAGUGUGUAGAAAGGAUGGGCUAUUUCCCCUUCCUCUACUCAUGUAAGCAGCUGGUGCAUCGAUGGGAUGGUCUCUGUCUUGCCUGCAUACAGUGCGUGUGUGUCGAUGUGGUGUCUUGCAGCUGUCGGCCGGGGCCUCUUCAUCAUUUUGUGCGGCCUGCUGUCGGUCGAUCUUUCGACACUCUUCGGCAUCGCUGCUGGUGGCCUGAUCACCGUGCUGGGCGUCGUCUACUGCCUUUUGGGCGGGUGCUGGCUGCAGGGCUGCCCCAAGCCGCUGCUACAGAGGAACGAGCGGGUCAUAUGUCUCACCACGCACAUCAACUUCAUCGACUUCUGACCCGAAUGCCGGCUCGCUCUCGACAAUGUGUGUGUGUCCGUAUGAUGCAUGGAUGCGACUGCAUGGCCACCGA